AUGUCCACCCGACCCGGACAGCCCGCCGUACCCGUCCAGCCCGGACAGCCUGCCGUACCCGCCCAGCCCGCCGUACCCGCCCAUCCCGUACUGCCCGCCGUACCCGCCCAGCCUGGACAGCCCGCCGUACCCGCCCAGCCCAGACAGCCUGGACAGCACGGCCAAUUCGGACAGCCCGCCCAGCCCGGACAGCCCGCCCAACAGAGCUACGUCGAGGUGACAUCGGAAUCUUUGCCCAGCGCCAAUCAACGCUUCAAUCGGGUGACUAUUCGUACUGAUUUACCUGCUAAAAUGAAAAAAGAAAGAGGCCGAUUAGCUUCAUUGGCAUACAAACUCCGCCAUGAAAAGAAACUAGCCACGAGAAUAAGAGAUUGGAACCAAGAUAUUCUUACAAACUAG